GCACUCAAAAAACAAAGGGAAGUCCAACAACACAAGAAGGGAUCAUUAAACAACGAUUCUUGUAAUAAAUCUCCAAACUCAUCUUCUUUGCAAAGGUUUCCUUUUAAGCAGCUGCAGCUUUGGAACAUGAGAAUUCACUUGCCAAUCCCUCAAAUAGGGACUUCAAUGGAGUUAGAAGGCUUCAUGAGCUUUGGAAAUGGUGAUUAUAUAGCUGAUAGCUUUUCUAGAUCUUCCCACAUGGCCGAAACUCGCAAGAAAGUUAUGCAGACUCAAGAAAAUUUUCAUUUCCAAUCAGCUGUCAACUUUAGAUUAGAAAAGAAUCAGAAUCCAAUAAGCAGAGAAAAUUUUUGUCAGGCUUCGUAUCGAAAUUUUGCAGGAACUGAUCUUUUUCCUCCAUUAUUGCAAAAGUCAGCAAAAGAGUUAUCGGCCAACAUGAAUCAAGUAAGGCAAAACCAUAUUACUUUCAAGAAUCAUCAGAAUUAUCAGCAACUAAAACAGCAGCAGUCUGUGUAUUUGGUUGCAUCAGGAUCAGCAAAUAUUGCACGUAAAACUCGUAUCAGAUGGACUAAAGAUCUCCAUAAGCGAUUUGUUGAAUGUGUAAAUCAUCUUGGCGGAGCUGAAAAAGCUACUCCAAAGUUGAUCCUCAAGAUGAUGGCAGUUGAAGGAUUAACAAUCUUUCAUGUUAAAAGUCACUUGCAGAAAUAUCGCAUGUGUAGAUAUAUUCCGGAAUCAACAGAAGGAAAAUCUGAGAGAAAUUCUACAAAUGAUAUAUCAAUUGACCAAAAAACAGGCAUGCAGAUUGCUGAAACACUGAAAUUGCAGCUUGUUGUUCAAAGGCGCUUACAUGAACAGUUGGAGAUACAAAGAAAUCUACAGUUGCGGAUCGAAGAACAAGGAAGGCAGCUCAAGAACAUGCUAGAUCAGCAAAGAAAAACAAACAACACCGAUCUUUCUGAAACCACAAAUUCAGAUUUUACAUUCCAAGAAGAUAUUCCAUCGAAUGGUCUCCACAGUUCUCCUGUAGAAGAACUAGAGGAUUCAUACUAACCUUCUGAUACAAGUAUACAUUUUGUAGCAUCUCCAUAUUAUUAAGUUUGAAAGAGAUAGUUAAAGCCUACAGCCUGAAAUAUCUCUAUUUUUUUUAUUUUGACACAGAUGCUAAUACCUUUCAACACAGAAAUAAAAGAAUUAGCUCUUCUUACUAAAUGAAUCUCUAGUAUUGGAAAAUAAUUGGCUUUGAAAAGCCUUCUUUUUUUUUUUUCAUUUUUGUUAUUCUUUGACAUGUACGUUGGUUAUUAGAGCAUAACAUUGUAAUGCGUAUGCUGAUUUAUUAGCUAAAUUUAGUGUC